GAAUCGGAGAUGUCCGUUUCACGUUCUUCUCGCGCGGGUGAAAUGAGUUCACUAUGCCACCGGUAAACUCAGCGACAGAAAAAACAAAGUGUCAAAGAGAUUUUACAUAUACAGACGAACGUUUUUGUUUAUUUACAUUUCUGAUUUCCAUCGACUUCAGAUAACAUCAUUGGAAUUCUUGUGAGUUUAUAGUUUUUAUACGAAAUCUCCACACAGACAGUAUGGGAAAGCGAAAGAGGUGUGAUUUGAUCGACGGAGAAACUAUGAGCGAUCUACCACCGUCAAAGUUGGCAUUUAAAGAAGAUCCGGUCCAUGUUUCCAGCUCUGACCUCAAUGCAUUGGGUGAUUCACUUCCGGCGUCUCUGCAACAGGUUGAGACUGACCUUAGAAAGGUCAUGGAUGAUUUCGUCGAGGUCUACGAGAAGCUUGACACAGGCGAUGAUCCAACAAAGAAACCGAACUAUUCAUAUACCGAACUGGUGUACCUAGCUGUUUUGAGAUCGCCGAACUUCUGUCUGCCUAUCACAGAGAUUUACAAAUAUAUUAAAAGCAGGUUCACGUUUUUCCGGGAUUCACAUAGAAGUCAUUGGAAAAACGCCGUAAGACACAGCUUAUCCAAGACAAAAUGUUUUACAAAAAUUGCCGUCGGGAAACGACAUGGGAUUCCGGGUUUGCCGAACCGAUCGUCGUUUCUCUGGUGUAUUCACCCUAACAGUAUCGUGAGUUUCGCCAGGGGAGACUACCGACCGUCCGUGGACAAAGAAAGCGGCAUGAACACCCUUAGGUGGGGUUAUUAUAAAGUCAAUGCAGGACAAUUCUGGAGUCAAGUGGCAGUAUACUUGGAGAAGAAGUUCGACAGUUUCCGGACGAUGGUUUCGGAGAGUAGCGACCCAAGGCAAAUAGUAAAGUUUCAGAUUUGCUCUCUGCCAGAGGUUCCAACCCAAUCUGACAUGAUCGAAACACCGGAAGUACUGGAUCACGUGACUGUGAGCUCGGGCGACACUCUCCCAGACAGUUUCCAGGUACGAUAUGGAGCGGAGUCCGACUUCCUGUCCAAACUUGAUAUGGAAAAAUCCAUUGACACAGGGAAUUCUUCAACGGACGACGAUAUUUCUCCGAAGUCGUCCACAUUAUCGACGUCUAUCAGUGAUAGCGGACAUGAGACUCUAGAAUCUAGCCCAGAAGACCUCAAUGGUGACAUGUUCUAUUGGAGACAACAAAAACAUAAUCUGAAUUCGUCCUAUCUCUCAUUUCUUCCGACCUAUCAGAAUUCAGGUCGGUUGACGCCAGAGUUACCUGAUCUAGGACACGUGAGUCCAUUUGAAUUGUCCCCCUUGUCAAACCACGGUGCCUCACCACCGCCAUCUUUGUUGACGUCCGCACAAAAUCUCCUACGUAUUUCUCCCGUUCCGAUGACGUCACCAUCUUAUUCAGAUUCAUACACCUCGUACUACUCUCCGUAUCAGUCGAGUCACAUGAUGUAUCCUGCACCACACGAGCUUGCCUACCCGUAUCCUGUAAACUACUAUCCGAUCCAAGGAAGUGAUCCAAUGAUGUCUCUGACACCCGAUUGGACCGGCAAUUGAAGACUGUACCGGAAGUGAGACAAUCGGAUAAAUAUAGUGCUAAUUUACGCUUACAUAGUAAGUGUAUUCAUUGUACAGUUUGAUUUGCUGAAUAUUUAGUGAACAAUUGUAAUUAUGUAUUUUACUGAACUGUCAGUAAAUGUGGGGUCACGCAAUUACCUCCCCUUUACUUGGAGAAGAAACCGAUGUAUAGACUGUAUAUAAAGACAUAUAUUUAUUAAGCAUUGUUUUAUCAGAAUUGUGACAUUUAUUUUAUAUGAAUAAUUUAAAUACUUAUGACGUAGAUGAGAGAUCACGUGACAUAAACUUGGUAAUUUAUUCUCUCCGUAUUCGCUCAUUUCAUUUUUAUCCCCUAUCAAAAGUUCAUUUUAUGUUUAUCUUCAAUUUUAUCAAAAAACAAGAGGUAAAUUUUGAAAUUGUAUAAAGUCUUGUUUUUAUGAAUAUGGAGAUUAUAAAAUAAAUCUAUGAUAUUUG